GCAGCUGCCGUGGGGGUCAUGCUGGUCCUGGUGCUGGUGGUCCUCAUCCCUGUGCUGGUCAGCUCUGUUGGCACGGGUGGAGCGGAUGACAGUGCGAGCCACUUUGAGAUGCUGGGUACCUGCCGCAUGGUUUGUGACCCCUUCCCCAGCACGGGCACGGCAGGUACGGGGACAGAUACGGCAACCACGGGCCUACAGGUGGACAACGAGGCAGAUUUGAGCGACCACAGCAUAGGCCCACCUCUGCCUACUUACAGCGCUCACGGCCCACAAGGCAAACCAGGACGUCCGGGUAAGCCUGGACCGCCAGGACCACCUGGAGAGCCAGGUCCACCUGGCCCUAAAGGCCCCCCUGGAGAUAGCGUGGACAUUGUGCGGACAGGGAUUCUAGGUUUGGGGGGCAAAGGGUCAGUAAGCACAACCACCUACAACACCUCACCUCGGGUGGCUUUUUAUGCAGGACUACGAAACCCUCAAGAAGGUUACGAUAUUCUACGGUUUGAUGACGUGGUGACUAACAUUGGCGGGAACUAUGAAGGGGCAACGGGCAAGUUCACCUGUAAGAUUCCUGGGACGUACUUUUUCAUCUACAAUGUGCUGAUGAGGGGAGGAGACGGAACCAGUAUGUGGGCUGAUUUGAUCAAGAACGGUCUGGUCAGAGCCAGUGCCAUUGCCCAAGACCAGGACCAGAGUUAUGACUACGCCAGCAACAGUGUCAUCCUUCAUUUAGAUGCGGGCGAUGAGGUUUUCAUAAAACUGGAUGGGGGCAAAGCUCACGGGGGCAACAGCAACAAAUAUAGCACCUUCUCAGGGUUCAUCCUCUACGCCGACUGA